AAACCAAAACUCCCGGAUGGGGAUCCAGCGCCGAGGGGUAUAUAAUGAGGACGAUAAACCUGUGGGGGGAAAGAUGAUGGGGAGAGGUUGGAUCGUGCCAACGUUAGGAGUGCGUGGUUUAGUCUUCCACGUGUGGCGGUUCCGUCGUCGGCCUUCAGCAGAUCAUCUCUUGGGCACUUUCCACCUCCUCCGUCGCAUCCCCCCAGAACAACCGGCGCACCGUCGCGAAAUUCUCCCCUUGUACAGCGUCUGCACAGAUUCCGCCAUGGUCCGACACAAGAAAGACAACUUUUCGCGAGGAGGCAAGAAAUUCGCCAACCCCCGCCCACGCCCUGUACCCCGCGGUGACGGUGAAGCCGCCGACAGACCGGCCUUCAAGGCUGCCUGCUGGGAUUUGGGUCACUGCGAUCCCAAAAGAUGCUCGGGGAAACGCUUGAUGCAGUUCGGAUUGAUGCGAGAAUUGUCGAUCGGGCAGAAAUUUCCCGGCGUCAUUGUCUCUCCGAAUGCGAAGAAAAUCCUGUCCCCUGCCGAUCGCGAACUACUUGAACAAUUCGGUGCCGCCGUGGUAGAAUGUUCCUGGGUGAGGGUGAAGGAGGUGCCGUGGUCACGAAUCGGCGGGAGAUGCGAAAGACUCUUGCCGUACUUGAUCGCAGCCAACACAGUUAACUACGGGAAACCCUGGCGACUCAACUGCGUCGAAGCGCUCGCGGCCUGUUUCUGUAUCUGCGGACACGAAGACUGGGCUCGCGAGGUCCUCAAACACUUUCCUUACGGCGAGGCAUUCCUUGAGAUCAACUCCAAGCUUUUUAAGCGAUAUGCCGCCUGUCAGACCGAGGAGGAUAUCAAGCGGACGGAGGAGGAAUGGCUGGCGAAGAUCGAGAAAGAAUAUGAAGAUAGCCGCGCCGAAGGGGGCGCCGACGAUAUGUGGACAGUCGGAAACACGAAUCGCAAAGCCGGGGUAGAUUCCGACUCGGAGGAGGAUGACGAUGAAAAAAGCGACAAAGAUGACGAGGAAGAAGAAGAGGCGGAUAAAGACCCCUUCGCUAUCUCCGACGAUUCGGAGGAAGAAGAGCAAAUGGCUGAAAUCCGACGCAAAAUCCUCAGUUCGAAAUCGUUCCAGAAUCCCUCGGUUUCCGACAAACCGCAGCCCGAAAAGAUCGCACAACCGGACCCAGAGCCGGUCGAGGACUCGGAUGCCGAGUCAGGAUCUGCUGAGGGCAGUGAUGAUGAAGCCUUCGACAAUAUCAUCAAUGCGACGCCCGUGACGGACCGAACAGGAAUCAUCGCCGCGUCCCAGAAGAAGAAGAAAGAGACUUACAGUGCCUCGUUUUCUCGCACGACGAUUAAUGCUCCCAAGAGGUGGUAGAUUAUGAACCCUACCUCGACGAGGUACUAUGUCCAAAAAGUUCCUUUAUAACGACUGCUGCUCUUUUAUCGCUUUCAAAUCAUCGGCAUGGACGGCUGUACAGCGGGUCCUGGUCAAGAGAUCAAAUUUACGAGAAAAUAUUUUGUUAUGUAUAGUACCAUGAAUGAGAUGAACCAAUUUAGGACAGGUUAUGCUAUGAAGCUUGACGAAAUUCUGAAGGUGCAUGAAGGUGCCUGAAGGCGGCCUGUCAGGAACACCUCCGCUUCCUCCUCGCUUCUUCUUCCUCUUUUCCCUUCCCACACGCAUCCCCCAUCGGAUCAUGAGUCAACCAACGUUGUCUUGGUUGAUUGGUGCAUCUGAUUCAGUUGGCUCAA